AAAUUUACGAUUUUUUAUUCCGAAACUUUCAUACAUUUGCUGUAGGUCUAAAAAUUAUGCUCCAGAAACAGUGGACUUCUGUUCAGUUCAUACGGAUUUAGUUCUCAUUCAUCCGCACCAAGUAAAUUAGUGUGUGGAAUGAGUACAUUAUGUGGUGUAUGGCACAAAACUGAAAUUAAGAGCAUCUCAGUCUGUGCGGCCGGUUCAAAACUUUUUUUAUGUAAAUGUGUCGUUGUAGAUAAGGUCUUAUAAUAAAACAACGAAUCGUGUUCGAUCGUCGACGCGAAUUAUGUAUAAAUGAGCCGCUGUUGGUAUAGAUACAGAACUAAGAACAGCGAAGUAAAUAUACAGUGCAUAAUGUUUGUUGUGUAUAUCUUAAUAAAACAGAGUUGAAGUGCCGGUUUUCUAUAGAUUAUAAAUAGCAAGAAAUACGUAAUUAUGUAAAUGCUAUUAGAAUUGUGUCCACCUGACGUGCGUGUAAUAAAUAUCGAACAGUCUACACAUAACUCCAUCCAGUGCAAAAAGUUAUUUAUUAAUCAACAGUGUACAGGGUUUUUUCACAGCUUUUUUUUUCCUUUUAUUUUUCAUUCUCAGCGAGAACACAACAAAUAAUCGGAGACAUUCUAAAGAGUUAAAUUUUUCUUCAUUCAGAAACCGGUUGUCGCAUACCACCUAGACAAGUUUUCUUUGGAGUCUGGGUUGUAUUUGUUACCGAUAUUUUUUUUUGCAUUCAGUUAUUCAGUCGGAGUGCACCUCCAAUAUAAUUAGCACAGAGAUCAAGUAUUUUGACAAGAAAAAAAAAUGAAGCUAUACGUUGUGUCGGACGGCCCACCUUCAUUGGCAGUACGGAUGGCAAUAAAAGCCCUAAAUAUUCCAUGUGAAGAGGUCAACGUAGACUACAUUGCUAGUGAACAUAUGAGCGAUGACUAUGAGAAGAUGAAUCCCCAGAAAGAGAUUCCAGUGCUUGACGACAAUGGAUUUUAUUUGAGUGAAAGUAUUGCCAUUCUUCAGUAUUUGUGCGACAAGUAUCGUCCCGAAAGUGCGUUGUAUCCUAACGAUCCCGUCAAGCGAGCUAUUGUAAAUCAACGACUGUGCUUCAACAUGGGUUUCUACUACAAUUACAUCAGCCAGUACACGAUGGCACCGAUAUUUUUCGAUUACCCUCGCAACGAACACGGUCAAAAGAAAGUGUACAUUGCGCUGAAAGCUUUCGAGACGUAUCUGCAACGCAAUGAGACGAAAUACGUCGCUGCUAACGAGCUAACGAUUGCCGAUUUACCGUUAGUUACAUCAACUAUGUGUUUGGAAGCAAUCAAUUUUCGGUUUGACGACUAUCCGUUGAUCGUAAAAUGGUAUGCCAAUUUUAAAGCAGAAAACCCGAAACUUUGGGAAAUUUGUGCCGCUGGUAUGAAGGAAAUCGAGGAGUUCAACAAGAAUCCACCAGAUCUAUCGCACAUGAAUCAUCCUAUUCAUCCUAUUCGCAAGAAUAAAUGAAACGGAAAAAUUGGCGGUCGUCCGACGUUCAUUGGAUUGAUAAUUUGUAUUUCAGUGGGAAAAUAAAUUGCUUCAACCUUCAUUU